UAGUAACGAUAAUAUUAUGAAUGCACGUAUGCACAACGAUUUGCAAGAUCAAGCCUGUAAAGCAAUGGCUUUCUUUGACAAUAGACAUCUUUCGUGAAAGAAUUUAGUAUAAAGCGCUUUUAAAAAUUGCAAUAUUCAAAGAAAGAAUCGUGAUAUACUAGAUGUUUUCCAUACUCUUGGUAACUGCUGACAGCUAUCAAGCUGCACCAGUGCCUGGGUUGGAUCCCACAUAUUCUGAUUUUCGUGGAUCAGAAGUGAAACGUGUACCUGUUAUUAGGAUUUUUGGAUCUACGCAAAAUGGUGAAAAAACGUGUUUACAUAUUCAUGGAGUAUUUCCAUACAUCUAUGUACCAUGUACAAGCAUGGAAGAUGGAAAUAGUCUCGCAUAUAAUCUUGCCACAUCGUUAGACUCCGCAAUCAAUGUAUCUCUAGGAUGUACAGCAUCCAAAAAUCAACAUGUGUUUAAGAUUCAGAAAGUAUCUGGCAUACCGCUUUAUGGAUAUCACAAAAAGAAACAUCAAUUUUUCAAAGUAUAUUUUUAUAAUCCAGCAAUGAUCAAGAAAGCUACUGAUCUAUUACAGAAUGGUUUAGUACUGAAGCAAAGUCUACAGCCACAUGAAGCUCAUAUCCCAUACAUUUUACAAUUUAUGAUAGAUUACAACAUUUAUGGCAUGAGCACUGUAAAUGUAAAUAACGUAAAAUAUCGUCGUUCCACCCGCACUUUAUUAGAAAUGGGAUCAAGUGGCGAGAGUAAUCAUAACAGUGAACCCAGUUCAAAGGAAUACCUUGCAUAUUCUGUCGUACGUCAAAGUACCUGUGAACUAGAAGUUGAUGCUUUGGCAUCAGACAUUCUUAACAGGAAAACAAUAGAAGCAGGUUUGGAUUUAAAUCCUGGGCUAGCUACAAUUUGGAAUGAAGAGAGGACUCGGAGGGCACAAGCUGGAAUGCAUGGUGGUGAUUCUCAGCUGAUGAACCCAUUGAGUCCUGACAGGCCACCCUUUAAUCCUACCGAUAAUGAUCUUUAUCAAGCAGAACGAUUGGCUCAACGCCUGCUUUUGAUUUCCCAAUGCGAUGAAAAUAGUCUUUCGACAAGUAAUACUCCAUCUUCGUAUCCCGUUGAGGUACAAAAUGAUGAAAUAUUGAGUGCUUCCUGCCUUGAAAAUCAUUUGACAUCUGAUGAACGUAAUGGAACACUUACACGUAAUCAUGAUUUAGUGACUAAUGCUGAUAAGACAACUUCUGUCAGUCCUCUUGUACAGGAAAAAGGAGAAGAUCGUGAUGGCGACAGUAGUAUUUUAACAGGGGAUGAUAUGCAAUUGGUUGAGAUGUUGAUGGAUAUGGCUCAAAGCAAUUCGUCUAACAGCAAUACCAUAGUUGACGAUGACAGUGUUCUUGGAUCACAAUUCUCGGACUUGCUUAGAAUAGAUAAUAAAAAUGAUCAUGAGGAUGACAAUGAAAUUGCUGAUUUGAAUCUAACAUGUCUGGAACUGGAUACAAUGAGCUCAUGGGAUAUUACUCAAAAAUCGUCUGGUCAGUCAUUCAUAUCCGAAAAUAACACUAAAGAGAAUAAUGUACCUAGUUGCAGCACGUUCGAAAGUGCUCCUCAUCAAAGGAUUCUUCCAACGGAAAUCAGCAACAAUUCCACCGAUAUUCAAGAAGAGGAUGACAUUCCGCAAUAUGAUGGAGCUGGUGAUCUGUCACCUAAAGUUCUUAAAUCAGAAAUAAGGCCACCCAAUUCGAACAUAGCCAAGAACUUAAGCCAUAGCUAUUUGACACUGUCGCCAAAGGGGAUUAUGAAUAUCCAAGAAAAUAAUUCGAGCACACAACUUGAAAGUUCAAAAGGCUCUACUUACGUUGUUUGUACAGAAACAAAUGUUGAAUCCGAUAUAUUGAGUUCUGAUUGUCCUUACGGAGUUUUGAAUGAACUCUUUGAACAUCUAUCACAAGUCGAAUCAGAUCUGGAUCUUGAUCUUGAUAAUUGCCAAUCAAUUAGUGAAAUAAAAAUGCUAUCCUUUAAUAGUAACGAAGGAUCAGAUAUGAACAAACAAAACAUCAUGGAUGAAUGUAUCUCUACAAAAACAGUGCUGAAUGGUGAUCCAUGUUUCACUGAGAGCGCUGUCUUUGAUAAAUCAGAUCUGACGGAACUGCAAGAUCAAUACGCUAGUUUGCUAGAUAGUUCUCUAUUACCACACGCUUUCAAGGAUCUAAAAAAUGUUGAUUCUAUAAAUUUGACAAUCAUAGAAGAUCCUGCAGUGCCUCUAGUACCGGAAAUUGGCAAGAAGUUAGAUGCACCUACAUCUCCAUGCUUUGACAGUUUGACUGAUAUUAAUACUGACUCUUCAGUGAUACCUAAGACACAAGACUGUGAUAAUAACAGAAGUCUUGACGUCGUUACCAAGUUGAAUGAAAAGACAACGGAGCACGUAGAGAUGUCGCCGGAUGAUUUUGAUUAUAAUUGCAACGUUAUAGCUACUUGGGAAGAACUUGAAGACCAUCAAUGUACGGACGAACCAUUAAAAAAGUGCUCCAUUGAAAAUUCACAGGAGUCAGUCAAUUGUCAAGUAAGCCAAAGAAUAACUGGACAGUUCGGAAGUGAGGUAGGUCAACCUGAGAAUCCGUCUCACGCUUCUAAUCGCGACAGCAUCUCAGCUAUUCAGAAAGGCGAGGAAAUCAUUGAAUGUGAUACUAAUGUUAUAAGGAGUACCAGACCGAAACGGCUAUAUAAAAAUUCUAAGAAAUGCAUUAAUCUAAAAUGCAAUGAAGUUCAUGAUAGAUUGAAUAGAAAGAAAAUUGUUUGUAAGACCAACCUAGAAUCUGUUAUAAAAUCAAAUGGCUCCAAAUGUACAAGAAGGUCGAGAAACAGUAAACCCAUUGACGAAGAAAAUAGCAUGAGCAAUGUUCCUGUAGAUGCUUCUCUGUAUUCUCACUAUUCGUCGUAUCGCUCUCAUAGCAGUGAUCUACAGGGAGUUGUUGGUCAUAGACACGUUAAAUAUUCCAAAAAGAAGAUUCACUUGAAACAAUGUUCCUCUACUAAUCAAAUUUGGGUAAUUGAGAAAAGAAGACGUGGACAGCGGCAAAAAUCAGACAGUAUACUUUGCACCGAACGUCAAUGUCCAAUUCCUGUAAUACGACUAAAAAAAAUUGAUUUGGAUGCAGCCAGUGGUAUUAAAACUUUAAAUUUUGUUGAUACUGGUAACGACUGUGCUAGUAAGACAACAUUCGAGUCGCCAAAAGAAGUAGAAAAUCAGUUAAACUUGAAGAUGGCUAAGAAGAAGAGUCUCAAGCAUAUUAAGACAAGGAAAUGCAUGUCAGUUCGGAGCGAUGUACAACCAGUUGUGAAAUGUAAAAAAGAAAGAUUGAUUGCACGAAAGGAUAUUCACGCUCAAAGUACAAGUUCAAAUGUUAACAACAACUGUGACGUAGAAACAACUAUUAACAAAUCGUUGGACUGUAAGAAAGAGAGUAAUUUGUGUAACUCUUGUCACGCAAACAAUGAAAAUCUAAUUGUGUUGGACAAUUCGAAUGCGCAAGGGAACAAAAAACAACGGAGAAGAAGGUCUUCUGGGAAAAUCAGUAUUAACGCUUGUCCAGAUGUAUUGAGUCCUGUCAAAAUCAAAACUGGUGAACAACCCCAAAGUGUUGAUGAAAAUGUAUCAAAAACAGGUAACUUUGCAGUUCAGGAAGUAACUAAUUCUAUGGAUUCGCGAACUCGAUUAAAAAUUCUCCUUCGUAACAAAAUUAUUAAUAAAAUUGAUAAUUCUACAAAAAGUGUGCUUCGUCAAGGCAAUGUUAGACAAUGCCAAAAUAUAUUUUGUGACAGGAUUACUAGGAAAAAGAUGUCGAGACAGCGAAGGAGAGAGCCAGUUAUUGUGUCAUUGUCCUCUACGAAAACUGUGGCCAGUGAUGACUGCCAAGUCAACAUUGACAGUGAGGCGUACACCCUUUCAAACGAAAUUGAUGAAUUGACUAUAAUAGCAAAUGUUAUUGAGAGCAACAACGAGACUUUAUCAACACCAAUACUUGAAAGAAGGAGACCGAUGGAAGAUAUACCUUCACCUGCCAACAAAACGUUGGAAGAUACUGAAAUUUAUGAGCAUUUUGUCAGAAACACUGACAUUUGUUUUUCUCCCAACAGAGAAUACGAUGUGGACGUUGUAACUUCGCAGGUGCCAGAAUGUCUUUUCGAGGAAGACUUUGCUCCACAAUCUAAAGAAGAAAGAGAAAAUAUUGCGACAUCACAAAACAUAGUUGCACAUGCCGAGUCGUGUAACAAAGAGGAUUGUUCUACUACGAUCUACCAUCAGGGAUUGGAUGUCUACGACGAGGACGAUUUGAAUGGAAGUAGUGAGACAAGUGACACAGUCGCCGAAGAAGACGCUGAAACAUCACAAAAUGAAAAUCUAUUAAAUGAUGUACUGGAUACCAGGGGGUUGUUAAUUAACUCAAUAAUUGUUAAUGAGAUUGAUUCCUCAUUCAAUUCAAGCGGUAGAAUGAAAGGGAUCUCUGAUGUAUGUGCUGAAAGUGAGAAAAUAGAAUCAGAAAUCAAAACAAACAGAUUAAGUUUCACAGAAAAUAAAACUAAUGAAGAAAAAAGUUUAAUGAUAAAAGAAAUACCUGUAUACCAUAGAAAGGUUUCCAUCAAUCUUGAGAGAAUUGAUUUAAAUAAAUUGAAAAUGUACCUUAAACCAUCGAGUAAAGAUAAAAGUGUAUCACGCCCUGAAGAAAUUAUUAAGUUUAAACAUACAGAGAAGAAAGAUGUACUUUCACAAAAACAUGAUAUUAAUCAUCUAUCCAAGAAAGCAAUGAAAAUGAUUGACGCGCUACAUUCUCGGCGUUCGAAAAAAAAUAAAUCGACACAUAAUUCAUGUAUUAAUUAUCUGAACAUGCCUAUAACGGAAAAACUGAGUAUCGCUAGAAAAUUAGAUCCCGAUCCACAACUAUUAGCGCAUAGAGACAUCGCAAAACAGAGGAAUAAAGUGCAAACACUGUUUGCAGACUCUAAGCUGCUAGUAGCAACAACAAGUUAUAAUGAAAUGCGUGUGAAUAUUAGUAAUCUCCCAUUAAAACAACGUUUCAUGUACAAAAUAGGUCUCUGUGACGUUCACAUGAAAAGAGUUGAUUGGCUACCAACAAGACAAACAACAUGCAUACAACUGCAAGAGCCCAGGGUAUGGCUUCAACAACAAAGUAUAAUAAUUCCUAAGAAAGCUAAGCGCACAAGACUAAUUAGACGGCAAUAUAAGACAAAAUCUUCUAUUCCUGCAUUUGACGGUGCUGGGGACACAAGUUCAGACGAAUCAGAGCCCAUAGAUCCUGAUGUAACAGUGGAGCGGGAGGAAAAGCGUAUCUGCAUAUACAAAUCGUCCAGGAAAUCCGCACAGGAAAAUGUGAAGACUAUUGCUACACCGAGUAGCAAAAGAAAACAACAUAGUUACAAUUCUGACAACGAAUCUCCACGUAAACGCAUUAACGUGGGAACAGCUGGACUAUCACCAAAAACUCCGUUACAGUCUCCAUUGAGAACAAGUACGUUACAGAGUCCUGGACGUAUAUCGCGAACUUAUUCACCGCUAAAUAUUGUUAUCACGUCUCCCAAGGUAUCUUCUACUAGAAAAGAACCUGCCGAAUGUAGUGAUCGUCGAGGGGUUGAUACCAAUUCUGAUAUGGGUUCUUGUUCGCAAUCGGGAUGCGUUACACCCAAGAGAAUGAGACGCACGCGGCGUCGUAGUCCGUUACGUGAAAACAGCGUUUUAUCACCUAUAAAUGAACAUUGUGAGGGCAGCAGUUCGGCAAAAGUUUCUAAGGGAAGUAAUUCAAUGGACCAAGGAACGUGGAUACAAGGACUGCAAGACAAUACGGGUACUUGUGCAAGUACAAGUAAAGUUACUGAUGCGAACAACAAAACUACAACUCGAAGUGGUACUGAAGUUCGUAAAAGGCUUGACUUCGUAAUACAAUCGGAAAGAGGAGACGGACAACUUCAAACAAUAAAAGAGAAAGAAGUUACGAUUUCUGGUACAAAACUAUUUAAGGUCACUAAUGAAAAACAGAAUUUUAAUAUUUUACAAGAAGAAUACUCCGAUAACGAAGAAAACGAAGUUACUACGGAGCAGAGAUUAUUAGAAAUGUCAAACCUCGAUAAUUCUGUAAUAGGAGUUAUUGAUGAGACUGCAGAUCAAUUGACUGACGAGGAGGAUGUACAUAAUGUUACGUUUACGCAGUACGUGGAUGCGCGUCUAAACGAGAUUCGUCAGUCAUCUCAAGAUCUUAAAACAUAUAAUGAAGAAAAUGGUAGCAAGGAAAUAGAUAUAUUACCAGAGAUUGAUCCUCCCAGUCGAGCGAGUGUAAUAGAAAGCAUGGAAUCUUAUGGAAUUCCAAAAUACAGAAACAAAACACCAUUUUAUAGCAACGUAUCUGAUAUUCCUGCACAAAAAGCUAUUUUUCAAUCACGAAUUUCCGGUAUGUCGGAAUUACCCAACUGGAAAUCCUUCUUGGAGAAUGUCACUGGUAUAAGAAAGUGGCGUCGCAUGAAAGUGGAUGAAUUUCAUCCAUCCGGUUCAAAAUUGAGAUCAAAUAUCACUCAAGCCUUGGCUGGGCAUGAAUUUAUGGAUAUAGAACCAUUGUUCAAAUCGCCUUCACCAAAAAACGUUAGAGCCUGGUUAGAAGCACGAAAAUCUAAAAUGAAAAGUAAUAAGGAAACAACGGAUCACCAACAACAAAUUGAACAAGAACAACGACAAAAUAAACAAAAUGACUCGAUAACUGUUGAAGAGAAGAAUGAAUGCUCCAUGUCGAAUAUCUCCAACUUGGUUUUACCUGUUCAUGAAACAACUAAAAGUUGUCAACAAUACAAAGAUUCAUUAUCUGCUGUAGAAGUUGAUAGAGCAAACGAUACAGGGGUAAAAUCGCAACAAUGGUCUUUGAGGGAUGAUGCAGUGCAGGAAAAUGUUUCUAUCAGGGACAUCACAUCGGACAAAUUAACAAAUAGUACAAAUCCAAAAUUAAGUUUAUACAACAAAAGUGAACUGUCGAGGCGUUUGGGCAUUUCGUGUGGACAAAUAGAAGGUGUGAGUCAUGUCAGUAGCGAUAGAGACGUGGCAAACGAGAAUCUGCAAAACGUCAAAGCUAUUGUUACACAUCAAUACUUGACGAUAUUGUGUUUGGAGGUUCAUGUGUGCACACGUGGAAGUUUAUUGCCGGAUCCUCAGCAUGAUUCAAUAAGCGCAAUCUUUUAUGCUAUCCAGAACGAUGUGCCGACAACAUCCAAGAUGAAACCGUUAGAAUAUGGUGAUAUAAUUAUUAGCCCGGCCGCUAAAAAUUUUAAGAAUAACUCGAGCUAUUUGUUGGGUUCCCAUACGAAUUGUGAAACCAGUUACGUCUCUAACGAGAAAGAGUUAUUAAAUGCACUUCUUCUUCUGAUUGGUCGCACCGAUCCAGACAUCUUCAUCGGUUGGGAAAUAGAAUGCUUGUCUUGGGGAUACGUCUUCCAAAGGGCCAAUUAUCUAGGUUUAAAUUUAGCAGCACGCAUCUCACGUAUUCCCAAUUUUCAUCACAAUGCUAAUACAGAUAAUCAGACACCAGAUUUAGAUGCUUUAGCUGGAGUUAAACUUUCUGGCCGUAUUAUUCUCAAUGCCUGGCGGUUGAUGAGGCACGAAGCAGCAUUGUUGAGUUACACUUUUGAAAGUGUAAUGUUUCACGUAAUGAAGGAACGUCAUCCUUGCCCAUCCUUUGAAACUUUGACUACCUGGUGGAGUGAGCGAAAUCCAAGAACAAGGUGGAAAGUCGUUGAUCAUUACAUUACUCGAGUUCUUGGAGUAUUCAAAAUUCUGGAUCAGUUGGAUCUGAUUGGAAGAACUGGUGAACUGGCACGGCUCUUUGGUAUUCAAUUUUAUGAGGUUUUCUCUAGAGGAUCUCAAUUUCGUGUGGAAUCCAUGAUGCUAAGACUAGCAAAACCUCUCAACUAUGUACCAGUUUCACCAAGUACUAAUCAAAGGGCUCACAUGAGGGCCCCGGAAUCCCUACCAUUGAUAAUGGAACCAGAGUCACAAUUUUACAGCGAUCCAGUGAUAGUCCUUGACUUUCAAAGUCUGUAUCCGAGUAUCAUCAUAGCAUAUAACUAUUGCUUUUCAACAUGUUUGGGACGAAUCGAACAUAUUGGACAGUCAGAACCCUUUGAAUUUGGUGCAACGACCCUCAAAGUAACUAAAGACACGAUAUUGAAAUUAGGUGAUAAUAUUAAUUUUGCACCUUGUGGUGUCGCCUUUGUAAAGCCUGAGGUAAGAAGAGGAAUCCUUCCUAGGAUGUUAAGCGAAAUCUUAGACACUCGGUUGAUGGUGAAAAAAGCGAUGAAAGAUCAUUCACAAAAGGAUCGCACACUGCAACGUGCUCUUCAUUCGCGACAACUUGGUCUCAAGCUUAUUGCCAAUGUUACUUAUGGAUAUACAGCUGCCAAUUUCAGUGGCAGAAUGCCGUGUAUCGAAAUUGGUGACAGUGUUGUGAGUAAAGGUAGAGAAACGUUAGAACGGGCAAUAAAAAUUGUAGAGUCCAAACCUGAAUGGGGAGCUCGUGUUAUUUAUGGUGACACAGAUUCGUUGUUUGUGUUGUUGCCAGGAAAGUCGAAGGCUGAGGCAUUUAAAGUUGGUGCUGAAAUCGCUGAUACUGUUACUGCAGCUAAUCCACGUCCUGUCAAGUUAAAGUUUGAGAAAGUCUUGCAUCCAGCUAUUUUACAAACGAAGAAGCGAUAUUGCGGGUAUAUGUAUGAAAGUCCAGAUCAAGAGAAACCAGAAUAUUUAGCCAAGGGCAUUGAGACUGUGCGCAGAGAUGGUUGUCCAGCAGUUUCAAAGAUCCUUGAAAAAUCCUUAAGAAUUCUUUUUGAUACAAUAGAUGUGUCUUUGGUUAAGCAGUACGUUACCAGACAGCUUACAAAAAUUCUACAAGGUCGAGUAUCUAUUGAGGAUUUAACUUUUGCACGCGAAUUCCGUGGAAUUCAAGGAUACAAAGCAUCAGCUUGUGUACCAGCUCUUGAACUUACACGAAGACUUAUUCAGAAAGAUCCUCGUGCUGUACCAAGGGUCAGUGAACGAGUACGUUACAUUAUAGUUGCUGGUGCACCAAAUGAAGCUUUGAUCCAUUGUGUAAGAAGUCCUUGGGAAUUAAUAUCAGACCCGGGAUUGCGACCAAAUGCUAUUUAUUACAUCACAAGAGUUAUUAUACCACCCUUGAAUCGAUGUUUUAACCUCUUCGGUGUUGAUAUAAACGCAUGGUUCAAUGAAAUGCCACAUCAUCAAAUUGUCGCUCGUUAUACCAUAGAAUCAGGAGAUAAACAGAAAACAACAAUUUCUCAAUAUUUUGGUACAGCAGCUUGUGCUGUUUGUGGACAGUUUUCAAAGAAUAAAAUUUGUCAUGACUGUGCUGUGUAUCCUGAACGAGUUUUAGUUAUUCUACAGGAAAAAUUGAGACAGCUAGAACGAGGCUACUAUAAUUUUAUUAAAAUAUGUCAGUCUUGUGUUAAACGAUCUGAUAAUGCGGAUUGUGCUUCUUUGGAUUGUCCUGUACUGUAUCGUCGAAUGAAAUCUCAAAGGGAUCUAGAACAACAAGGAGUUUAUCUACGAAAGAUAAUAGAAGACGGAAAUAGUUUGAACUUCUGAUAACAGUAAAUUGGCAGACAAUGAGGAAUAUAAUGAUAUUGUGAUAUCUUUGAUAAUAAUAUAAGUUCGUUAACAGAUUAGAGAGUUUUAACUUGUCUAUUUUGUGUUUUCAUAUAAUUCACGUUGUGUUAAAUGCAAAAUAAUAUUGUAGAUAAUCACAUGAAAUUUCCAUUUCAGAACUGCACUAUUUGCAAAAUUAGGAUAAAUUUAUUCAUUGGUUUUCCUCACUUUAGUGCCUUAUUAUAAAGGGAACCAAAAUUUCGUCAUACUAUAAUAUCAGAACGAACGUAUUUUUUUGUGACUGGAAAUGAUUUAAUUGUGGUGAUAAAUAUGUCUCAGGUUUCAUAAUGUAAACUGCAACUGUCAUAUGUAGAGACAGUUUAUUUUCCUAAUAGGCGAUUAAACUUGAAUACUCUGAUAUUCAGAGUGAUGCACAGUACAAUAAUGAUAUAUAAAUGAAAUGUUAAUAAUAAUUAGACUGUGAUUUUAUUAUCUCAGAAACCAGGAUUGUUCCAGUAGCUAUUGUGGUCACGAUUACUUCUUAAUUUUUUUUGUUUUCAUGUAUAAUUUUUCAAAGUGUUGAAUAAAGUGAGUUGAGUGAGUUGAGUA